AGGACAGCAGGGGAGGACAGAUGGGAGGCAGAAAGCAGGAGGUGCUGCUUGCAGUCAGGAAGAUGCUGCUGUGACAUGCGGACCUAGUCUGACGCCAGCGGCUCUCCCUGAAAGCCUGACCGCAGACACAGUGUGCUUUUUCUCCUUCCUCUCCCCGCCUCGCUGCUCUACUCCGGUCCGGUUUGUUUCGCGAUGCCUCCGGCCGCUCGCUCGCUCCCACUGCGCGGCUCCUUCCCUGCGGUUCUGUGGAUGUGGCUGCUGUGGAGCAGCGUCUCAGCAGGAGAUAAAGAGGUCCCCACAGUCCCCCCCUCUGUGCAGACUCCAGCGGUGACGACGGCUGACACAAGGGAAGGCAGCAUGAAAGGGAAAACCUCCAGCAUCGCAGUAGGAGGUUUACUACACUCAGUGCUGGCCCACAAAGGACGUCUCAUGUCCAAGAAAGGGGAGAUCGUCCCCUCUGCGCUGCCCCAGAAUCUGCUCCCUCUCCUGGGCAGAGGGCUCAGUGUCAGCUCCUUCCAUGGAAGUAACCCGCAGGAGCAUCAAAGCGGGGAUUUACCAACGAGGGUAAAACCCCCAGAAUCAGCUGUGGCGUUGGAACAAGACAGGGAUCCAAGUCAACCUCCUUCCACAGAUUCACACUCUCAGCUGCCUGACACAUGGACAAACCAUCCUGAACCCAACGCUGAAAUAACCACGGUGGGAACUAGACUAGAUGUGGACACUGAGACACCUUCACCAGCUGCAUCCAGCUGCAUGGUUAAUUUCACAGACCCAGAGGGAUACAUAGACUCCUCUGACAACCCGCCUCUGCCUGACGGCCUCUUCCUGCACUGCACCUACACUGUGACCGUCUACACCGGCUACGGAGUGGAGCUGCAGGUGAAGAACGUGAAUCUGUCAGACAGCGAGCAGCUGUCCAUCAGAGGUGUAGAUGACCGCGGCGCCAUGCUGGUUCUGGCCAACCACACGCUGCUGGUGGAGGGUCAGGUGAUCCGCAGUCCCACCAACUCUCUGUCCGUCUACUACCGCUCCGCCCCGGAGGGCAGCAUGGGCCUCUUCCAGCUCCACUACCAGAUUUUCAGGCUGAGUUGCUCACUUCCAAAGAGACCUCACUUUGGGGAGGUGUCAGUGCUGGAUCUGCUCCCAGGAGGCAUAGCUCGCUUUCACUGCCACAUGGGUUAUCACCUGCAGGGGAAAUCUCAGCUCACUUGCAUCAACGCAUCGCUUCCGGUUUGGAGCGGCAAGGAGCCAAGCUGCAGGGCUCUUUGUGGAGGCACAGUAAAGAAUGCAACAGUAGGGCGGGUGCUGUCCCCAUCUCCCCACCACGGACCCAAUGCCACUUUGGACCGUUCCUGCUCCUGGUCUCUGGAGGCACCAAAGGACCAAAGGCUGCAUCUUCACCUAGAGAGGCUGGCCCUGGGACCAACGGACCGACUGGUGUUAUGGAGUGGCCUGGAUGCCGGUUCUGUCGUGCUGUUUGAUUCGGGCCGGGGCGGACAGAUUCCCUUUGAGGGGGUUAUCAGUGAGGGUCCAGCUGUGAGGGUCCAGUUCAUCACCGAUCAGCCCAACCAUGAGACGGGGUUUAACAUUCGCUAUGAAGCCUUUGAGCGCGGCCACUGCUACGAGCCCUACCUCCAGAACGGAAACUUUACAACAUCAGACCCCUUGUAUGCCGUCGGAACCGUGGUCCAAUUCACAUGUGACCCGGGUCAUUCUUUAGAACAAGGCCCUCCAGUAAUAGAGUGCAUAAGUGCCAGGGACCCGUACUGGAACGAUACUGAACCUAUCUGCAAAGCCCAGUGUGGUGGCGACCUGACGGGUCCAGGAGGAGUGAUUCUGUCCCCAAACUGGCCUGAAUGGUACGGAGAAGGAGAGGACUGCAGCUGGAGGAUACAUGUUGGAGAAGACAAACGAGUGCUGCUUGAUGUUCAGCUACUUAACAUCAGUGACAGCGACAUGUUGACCUUCACUGAUGGGGAUGAGGUCACGACUCGGAUCCUGGGACGCUACGUCGGAGGCAGCAGCCCCUUCAAACUGUCCUCCACCACGCCGGACUUGACCGUCACCUUUCACUCCGACCCUGCCGGGCUCGUCUUCGGAAAGGGCGAAGGUUUCAUCAUCAAUUAUAUGGAGGUGUCCCGAAACGACUCCUGUCCCGAUCUGCCUGAGAUCCAGAACGGCUGGAAGACGACUUCACACGUUGCGUUAGUGCGAGGAGCCAGAAUCACCUACCAGUGCGAUCCUGGCUAUGACCUGGUGGGGCGGGAGACCCUCACCUGUCAGCUGGACCUGUCCUGGAGCUUUCAGCCUCCCUUCUGUGAAAAAAUCAUGUACUGUUCCGACCCGGGUCACGUGGAGCAUUCGACCAGAACUCUGUCUGACCCUAAACUGUUGGUCGGCACAACCAUUCAGUACAGCUGCAACCCCAGCUUCGUCAUGCAGGGCGGAGCCACCAUUACCUGUUAUGGUCGUGAGCCAGGGACGCCCGUGUGGACUUCUCGACUUCCUCAUUGUGUUUCUGAGGAAGCAGUUUCCUGUAAGAACCCUGGUAUCCCUCAUGAAGGUUACCAGAUCCUGUCCAAAAGGUUGUACUUGCCUGGAGAGUCACUCUCGUUUGUUUGUAACCAACAUUAUAAGCUCAUAGGAGAGGGGACCAUUAAAUGCAUCCUUGGGAACCCUUCAUUUUGGAGUGGCCCUCUUCCUAUCUGCAGGACUAUCUUCAGUUGCUUGCACAACCAUGAAUUGGAAGUUGCAGAGGCGACUGCAGCCUCCCCUCUCAGUGGAGGAAAUAUAGCGCUGGCCAUCUUCAUCCUGGUUCUGCUGCUGUCUGUUCUGCUCGGAGGGGUGUAUGUUUAUGUCACCAGAUGCAGAUAUCACACCAACCUCAGGAUGCCUCUAAUCUACCCCCACCCGUAUAGACAGAUCACUGUGGAGACAGAACAUGACAACCCGCUCUAUGAGACAGGAGGACAGGACACUCGUGAAUAUGAAGUAUCAAUAUGAGACAUUUCUAAAGAGACUUGUGAACCAACCACCCAGUGCUGACACCUCAUCUUCCCUCCCUGACCCUUUCAACCCAGGAGGAGGCCAUGUAAAUACAAAUAAUGAUGUCCAGCCCCUCCCUGCUACAAGACACAGUUACUCAUCCUGUUCUCUCCUUCUUUGAUGUGAUAGCUUUUGUAGAUGUAAACGGACACUGAAGAGUACGCAAAGUGAUAUUAAUACAAGCCAGUGACACAUCAGUGGGAGACCAUAUGGACAGUAAUGAAGGAAGAUGUCGGGGACACUAUACAGCAGGAAGAAUGUUGAAAUACGGGAGUCAGAACUUGUUUCUUUGGGAAAAUCAUAGAAGUUAGAUUUUUAACCAUUAUGAUUUAGACUGAAGCCCAUUUGUAAUUCAGCCACUGUCAGAUUGCUUUUUUUUUUUUUUUUCCUGUAGAAACCAAUUCAUGUAUUUUGUAGUUAUAUUUGCUACUGGAGGAGGUCAACACUCCUGCGCUUCAUUCCAGAGUGUUUACAGGCAAGAGAUCCACAGGAAAUAAUAUUAAUAUGGGACUGAAAUGUGUAUCUUUGAAAAAAACUGCAAAAUACCCAAUUAGAAUGUAAAUAUUACAAGCUGGUUGAAAGAGAUAAAAAGCUGCUGGAGUCUAUUACUCUGUAAUUAUGACACUGUAGGGGGGCUCUGAUUUCGCUGCCAAAUGUAAAUAAUAUAUGAUUAAUUCUGAAAUAUGAAUUGGGAAGGGAAGAUAGUUUGGUGCCGGUCGGGAAGUGGCCUCUAAGUCAAACCAGUUCUGAAGCUUACCUGGUUACCUGCAUGUAACUCUUUAGAGUGCUUUCAAAGAUGUCGAUAUGUUCAUACACACAGACAUGCUUCUUUAAACAGAGGUUCAAAUACGCAUGGACUUUGGGUUUUGCAAAAUGUUCUGUCUAAUCUCAGUGGGUAGCUUACCAACCUUAUUCCUGAUGCUCUACCUGCUGUUACAACGUUUCUUGUAAUGGAUCUGAAAAAAGAAUGCACACCCUCGUUACAUUUCCAGAUGUUUGCUUCUCAGCAACAGCAGUGACCCGGUAAUAUUACUUAAUCGUAUGCUGCGCUAUGCAGACAUCUGCACGGAUAAAGACUCCCUUGUGUUAGCAUGCAGAAUACUUGGAGUGAUUCAUUUAUUAUACAACCCUUAUAGAUAAUUAAACUUUAAUGAACGGUUGAUUCUUUAAUAUAUCAACCAGCAAACCACUUCCCUUCAUGUUUAGGCUCCAUCAGCUGAAGGAACAAUGAUACAAUACAAACAUUUAUAUGGAUACAGAUGGAAUUUAUAAGGAGCUUUUAGUGUGACACUAUUGCCACAUUCACCCAAAUGAUGAUAAAAUAACGAUACACAGGUCAGAAGGUAUCUUGGGUUUUAGUGCCUUGCCCAAGGACACAUCGACUUUUGACAAAAGGAAGCUAGAAUUGAACCUACAGUUUUUGCAUUUUACUAAGACUACUGUUUCCAUUUAAAGCACUCUGUUUGUUUUCUAAAUCCACCACAACUUGUAUCCACGCCUGAAGAGAAACUUUUAUUUUGUGAUACAAUUUCCUGCAUACUCACACAAGAACACCAUAUAUAUAUAUAUAUAUAUAUAUAUAUACAAAAUACAAUGAAAUAUAAAGAAAUCUGCUAUAAUAUUUAUUACGAUGGCAUGAAGACGUAUUCACUUUCUAAGAUUUCUACUUUAUUUAAAAAGAAAUAUUUUAGAGAAAACAUCUUGAUUACACUGAAAAAGCAGUUUUCAAAUACUGAUACCACUAUACUACUAAUUAAAGUGAGAGAGAUGGCUUUCUUAAGUAAGGUGGAGGGGUUCAUUUGUCACUUGUUAUGGUCCUCUCUGGAUGACCAUCUGGUUUUCUCUUCCAUGUUUGGCUCAGAUCCUCGGGGGGAGGGGUGUUCUGCGGCUCCUCACACCCACACUGAAACAUUCUUAUUAGAAAUGCUGUAAAUCCUCAACCAUGCACUGAUAUACUCUGACUCAUUCAAGGUACAUCAAAUUGUAGCUUCUACUUCCGUUUCUGAAAUUCUAUCCCUUCACCUUUCCAGGGGAGUCAGCUGUAUUUUUUGGGUAGGAAAGAAGCUCUGGACUGCUUUGCUGAAUCCAUCCUUUUGCAUUAUGCUUACAAUAAGCGGCGGAAAUACUAAUCAAUCACACAGAUAAUAUUGGGACUACAGCUUUCCAGAAAAUAACUACAAAAAAUCUUAAGUUACAUAAAUGUAGCAAGAUGAUAAACUGUAUUUAGUAUAUAACUUAUUAUGAUGAAUGAACUGAUACUUGUACCAUCCUGCUUCCUGGCCAUUACUCAUUCCUCACUUAUGCACUUAUUAGAUCGACUGCAGACCUUAGGGUGACCAUUUCUAUAGCACCACAAAAGAGGACAUUAUGCGGCAUAUCAAUAAGUUACUAAAGUGUACAUAAGAGUCAGGUAUACUCUCAUUUAUACUACAAUUUGAGGGGUUUAAAGAGGAUGCUCAUGUAGCUGAAUAGGACUGGUGAUGUUUUACGGUAUGGUACACCUUGCACAGCUCUGCAGAAGUUAUUUUGGCAUCUAGGUACCUCAAAACUCCAUUUAAAA